GGCACAGUUCGCGUUGUUCCCGAAAUUUCGGUACCGCCGCGACUUGUUUGUAUACUUUAAUUGUGCGUUUGUUGCCGCCUUACUGUUGGGCUUUAUAUAUUACACUGAGUGAGAAAAAUUACGGACUCAAAUAUAAAAUAAUUCGCUGGAAUGAAAAAUAUAAACUGACAGCGCGUCUAAGACUUUGUUGGUUAUUUUUGACAUCCUUCGGUCUGUCACACCGCCAAAGAGUUAGGACAUGAAAGGAGGGUGGACUACAUCACCGGGGAGCAAUGCCACUGUGGCGACCGUGAAUCCUCCAACUUUGGUCGCUGUCCAGCCCUUGCUGGCGACUCAGCCGGCCCAACCGGCACAGGCCCAGACUGUGGCGGUCCCCGCUCCGGUUGUUAUUGCCGCCACCAGCUCGCAUCAGCCCUCGACAUCUGCCGCUGCAGCCGCCGCCGCUGCUGCAGUUCCGUCAACGUCCGCCCAGCCCAAACAAGACACAUCCAAGCACCAUCACAUAUUUGUCGGUGACCUGAGCCCGGAAAUCGAGACGCAGACGCUGAGGGAUGCGUUCGCUGCAUUCGGCGAAAUAUCGGACUGUAGGGUAGUGAGGGAUCCACAAACACUAAAAUCAAAAGGAUAUGGAUUCGUGUCGUUUAUCAAGAAAAACGAGGCGGAAAGUGCCAUUGCCGCAAUGAACGGACAAUGGUUGGGAAGCCGGAGUAUCAGGACGAACUGGGCUACACGAAAACCGCCGGUUCCAAAGGCUGAAGUGAGCACAAAACCAUUGACAUUCGACGAGGUGUACAACCAAAGCAGCCCCACCAACUGCACCGUCUAUUGCGGCGGCAUAACUAACGGUCUGACUGAGGAACUAAUGCAAAAGACUUUUGCUCCCUUCGGAACCAUCCAGGAAAUAAGGGUCUUCAAGGAGAAGGGCUACGCAUUCGUUAGGUUUUCGACAAAGGAAUCGGCAACACACGCGAUCGUUGCCGUCCACAACACCGACAUCAACGGACAGAUGGUCAAGUGCUCCUGGGGCAAAGAAUCGGGCGACCCCAAUAAUGCGCCGGUUGCCGGACAGGAGAUAUGUCUUCAGGCCAUCACCGGUACACAGUAUCCCUACAACGCAUACGGACAACAAUUGGGAUACUGGUACCCCCAGAGUUUCCCCACCACAGCCGCCGCGCAGAUGCAGGGCCAGUUCCUGCAGGGCAUGCAGGGUUACACCUACGGACAGUUCGCCGGCUAUCAACAAUCUUAUAUGGGAAUGGGAAUGCAAGUACCCACAGCAACUUGGCAGGGCAUACCGGGGCAGCCACAGUUGCCAUCGACACCGCAACAAAUGACGGCACCUGGUACUACUUUACAGCAACCGGGGUUGGUUUUUCCCAUUCAGCAGUACCAAGCGCAAUGAAACACAGACAAUUAUCACCCAAUCGACUUAGUGAUAUAAUAUUCUUCAAUAUAAAUGUAUUAAUAUUUUCGACAUGCAUUCUAAUAAUUUGUGUGGUUAUUUGUGCCAAAUUUCAACUAGUAUCUACAAUGUUAAUUAUACAAUCAUAGAUCCAUCCAUGUUUUCUAAUUGUGUAGCUUCAAUAUUCAAUAUGUAGCAAUUUAAAAAAUUGGGUAUGUAUUGUAGUGCGAGUGGACACGUGUGAAUCUACAGUAGCAUAAAUUUGGCAAAAACGUUCAAGUUAAUCGUGUGGUUUCCAAAUAUUUCUGUCAAACAACGACACACUUUUUAAAUACAUACAUUUCUUGAUCAUCAGCUUCAAAAUAUUGGCAUCAAUUUUUGAAUCUCAAUAUAUUAUGUAUGUGUAUCUAUGUGUAAUUUCAGUGUAUUACAAUCUUGCUGUUCCAUAUAUGUAUAUGACCAAUAUUUUGAAUUGCCUAUUAAAUAGGCUGAUCAACUGUUAUAUAUAUGAUGAAAAAGUGUUGUGCUGUAGAAUAAUUUGCCUAUUUUGCACUAGUAAACCGCUGAAAGGGCUACAAAGCCUUGAGUCUACACGCUAAAGCAUAUGCCCACAGAAAUUGCAUGAGGAACGAGACCAGAACUAAAAAGACUGAGAACGUCCCACUAUUGGACGCCUUCCAACAUUCGUUUCCACAAUUCAAUAGAGCCGAAUUACGUACGUCCUCAGUGUCGAUAGUUCUGUGCUCCCGUUCAACUUGGGUGCGUAAAAACUUUAUUAACAUGGAGUAUAUUUUUGGCAGCUUACCUCCACUGACGAAGACUGGAUUACCUCUAGUCUUUUGGUGUGAUUCAAAUAACCAAACCCAAUUUUUUAAAAAAAAAGAAAUAAUAAGACCUGGACUAAAUUUACACCUUAACCGGUGAGCUAUUUACGUAUGUACAUUGGUGAACUACAAUUAUCUGAAUCGGUGCGACAAUGGCCAGAUGAUUUUAUUAUUAUUAUUAUUAUUAUUAUUAUUAUUAUUAUUAUUAUUAUUAUUAUUAUUUAGGUUUUUCAUUACUAAUGGACCAAAUUUUUCGAUCUGUUUUAACCUCAAGUUGUCUUCCAAACUGAACUAGAGAAAUGUAGUUAGUUUGCUAGAUACUGUUUUCAGUGUUGUUAUGCUUUGCAACGUUAUUUACAGGGUGUUCGAAUGUUGCUUGUCAGUUUUCUUUAUUGAACACACUUGAAACUGGAAACAUGUUAAUUAUUGGUUGACAAACAUUACCACGACGGAAUACAGACAAUCACCUGGUUUUAUAUUUUUGCGUAAGCUCUGUUAAAUGGCUUUGCAACGUGACCGUUUUUUGAGUAAGUUUAAGACAGGUUUUAGAAGUGUUUUGGGUAGUUGUAGUUCAUGACUUUAUAUUUUUUACUUAGUUACCUGUCAUUUUGCAUUAGGAUAUCUUAUGUAUGUUUAAAUAAUCAUAAGAGUUUAUAUUUGUAAAGAAUGGUCAUUAUUAUUGAGUUUGAACUGUACAAAUACUAGGUUAGGAAUGAAGUUAAAAUGAUAGGCUAGAUAGACUAUAUAUUAAGACAUUUUUUUUUUUUUUUCAAAAACCAAAACGAAUCGCGUUCAAUGAUGGUUUAGGAUGCAUUAUGUAUAGUAUGUUCACUUGAAAUUGCUACAAGGUAAAUCAAAAGAUGACAAGGAGUUUUAGUUAGUAAAUAUUCCAAUAUAUUUCCAAAUACUAUACUAUUUUUGUAAGAUCGUAGAUUAUUUAAAGUGAACACACUGUGUUAUAAAUAUGAACAGGCACUACAAAUAGCAUAAAAAUUGUCUAGAGUUAGGAUGUAAAACAAAAUAUUGUAUUAAUAUUGUACAUAACAAAUUAUUGGGUGACGUUAUGUGAUUAAAAGUCAUAACUUAGAGUAGGAUAAGAAGGAGAUGCUAUAAUUGCUCGUCGGACAAUUCGGUAUUUAUAACAACAUUUGUAAAAUAAAUUUAUGUGCAGAACAAUAGCUGUGCUUUAGAGCAAAACAAAACAUCCAAAAAGCAGCAGCAAAGUCGAUUUUUGUCCUGCUCUAAUGUACAUGGAUACUUUGUAAAGUUAACAAUCAUAUUAAGACUAGCUUUAACAUCGAGUGUGGGUAAGUUUUGGCACUUUUAUCCUCGUUGAUUUCAUUGUACAUUAGCCAAAAAUGCAACAUCAUGAAACAAUCACGGUGAUGCGUCUCGGAGUGUUCUUUAACAAACCGAAGUAACGGAAAGGUUACUGAGCAAACAAUUUAUGAACAUCCGCUCAUUGCAUUUUCAUUAGCUGUGUAAAUUCCAUAAACUCAACUCUUAAUACGGCACAAAUUCUUUCGUAACCCUGCGCAAUACCCCCCCAAAUAAAAAAAAAAUCGUUGUCGAAUUCUCGUUGUUCUUAUUAAAAAUAUCUGAAUGUGGCUUCGAAACUUUAUACAUGUGUUUAAUUCUUAUGUACAUCAAUUUAUUAUACAGAUAACAUGUAGGGGCUAGGGUCGGGGUUAUUUUUACCCGUGAGGCCGCCCGUAUUUAUUAGAAAGUGCGUGAAAGUGAUAAAAAUUAAUUAAUUUAAGGUGAUAUCACACAAACCGAAAUUUUAUAUUAAUCAAUAUUUGCGAAUGAGGAGACGUUUUGAUACAAGUUUUAAAGCACUCUGGAGCUAGAUCACCUUAAUCCGGUCGCAGCUUGUGGCGUAAGCAAUUAAGACGGACGAUGAAUGAUUUAAAUGGAGGUUACCUAGCUGCAGGGUUAAAAGUAUACCGCUGAUGUAGAUAGACCUUAAGAAGACGAGUAUUAUUUAGCAUUUAUAUAAAUAACUAUAUGUUUGUUUAUAAAAAAUAUAUAACUGCACACAGAAAAUUAAGAGCACCACGUAAAUAUUAACGGCUGUUUAUUAUAGUGUAAAGGAACCUGCAUAUGACCAAGUUUGCUUUUCAUUUUUCUAACAACACAAACAGAUCUUCGAGCGACGAAGCUUUUUUCCAGGUGACAGUCGAAGAGCUCAGCCGGCGAAGGCCGAAAUGCUCCCCGGACUUAAUUAAUUGCUUAAUGUUACAAGCGGGGUGGCAUUUCGGCGUCCGGUUUCUGUCGUAACGUUGUUGCCCAUUUAAUCGUGAACGAUUACUAAAAUAAGUUCCAUUUUUGGUUUGUUUCGAACCGCAGCACACACAUAAACAAUUGGAUUUUUGUCACAGUUUACGGGGUUGGUUCGAAACGCGUUGCUUUGUUCUAGUCAUGUUGUUUUAAGACGUUUUGUACGCGGCGCUUCGGAACAGCCCCCCCUUCAGUUAAUUCGGCAGAUGCUAGUCCAAAGUAAAUUAUAUGAAUUGAACUUAAAUAAGUGUAGUAGUGACCGCAUUAUACAAGUUUAUUAGUUGUUUGAAAACUUUUAUAGCUAUGUAUUUUAUAUAUACAGUUGCGAAAAGACUGAUGUGUAGUAAAUUAUGUGAAACGUAUUUUUGUACUUGUAUUUUAUAUACUGCUUAGAAUUUUUUGUAAUUGCCCUAUAUGACAUUGACAAAAUUGAGCUAUAAUCUAUUUUGGACUAGAUUUUUAAGUCAACAAGUCCAAAUCCCGGUCGUUGAAUUACUUCAGAACAUAUCAACUGAAUGAUUCAAUAGGUGACGCACGAUGGAACGACUUCGUUGGUUGAUUGGUUGCACCACCAGAAAUUGGGCCCCGAUUUAUUUUCAAUCAUCACACGUACGUAAAUCAUGGGUGUUGAACAGAUGACGAUCUGACCAAUUCAUUCACUAAAAAUGACCAACAUUUUCUACUAUGAUUAACGAUUAGCAUCAUAGAUGAAGUUUUUAGUUGAUCUAUCAUAUAACUACAUAUCACAUUCGACUGUAUUGGUUCUUUCUAAGUAGUGGUUGUUUCGUUUGUUCAUGUUGAAAGUGUUGACAGGUUCCUAUAUAAAAAAUGUCAAUAUUUAAGUUUAAAAAAAAUGCCGUAAUAGGAUAGAAUAGUUAUCUGUUUCGUUGUUAUUUUUUAUCUAUGUGUUAUAUAAUGUAUAAAGUUAUUAACAUCGAUCUUGUUGUGAAAUGGUUCCGUGAAUCGUGCGCUGGACCAGAAUAUAUAUACAUAAAAGUCCACGCGUCUUUCACGCAACCCUAAAUAUAAAUAAACAUAUUUUUGUUAAUUACUUAUUAUUUAUAUGUAUUAUAUUAGAAGGAGUAAUCAAAAAAAAAAAAUUUAUUAGACCACAGCAGGACGCCAUUGUGAUAAUUGUAAAGAUUAGAUAGACAAAAAAAUGGACGUCGGAUGCUGCGGAUCUAAGUUAUAUAUGUAAAAAUUUUAUAUCACAGUCUGCUAUACGCAUGAAAAAAUACGUGCCCGGCACGAUAAAAUAUUAUACAAGAUAAAACCAACCUAGAUUAAUAUAUUGUAGAAAAUGGAAUUGAAAUAAAGACAGUUAUAACAUU